AUGAAUGAUAGCAUGGCCGUUUCGGGUGGAAGCAGCGGUGUCGAGAAUAUUUCAUCCCAAAACGACGACACGCCUCUUACGGAUAAAUACAGGUAUAUUCGGCGGAAAAUUAUUGAUAUUUUCACCGAAAGCCAGCAGCGCCGCCUCCAACGGGUUUUAAAGGAGCUACCGCUGGGCGAUCGUAGACCCAGCGAGUUGUACUACGAGAUGCGACGCACUGCUGGACCCGCACUCAGCGAGAGCAUUCUGCAAGAUCUGUGGGUUAGUCGUUUACCGCCGUACGCCCAGGCGGCCAUUAUCGCGACAAACGCUCCUAUCGGUGAGAAGAUAAAAAUCGCGGAUUCCAUCUCAGAGUGCUUAGAGAUGAAAGUUGGUAACCAGAUUUGCGAGGUUAGCACCGAACCGUCGUUUUCAGAUGAGUGGUCGAAUCUUCGAGCUGAAGUCGCCGCUUUAACAAAGCAAGUCAAUCAAUUCAUGCGCAACAGCCGCACACAACAGCGCUCUAGAUCUUCAAGUGCCUCACGCAGCAGAAGAGGCACGCUCAAUGGACCGUGCUUGUGCUGGUACCAUACGAAAUUCGGGGCAAAUGCCACAAAGUGUCAACAGCCGUGUACAUUCACACAGUCGCCGCCUCAAAACGUCGAGUAG